AUGGAGAAAACAAUGGAGCCGAAGCCCAAGCGAAUCAAGAUUGAUGUGGCAUGCGAGGCGUGUCGGAGGCGGAAAGUCAAAUGCGACGGGGCCCGUCCAGCAUGCGGGAAUUGCUGGAAGAGAACGGAUCUCAGGAACGGUUGCACCUACAGCAUCGAGCAUGACAGAGCAUCCUCAAGAGAGAAAAGACUUGAUGGUAGUCCUGAUGAACCCGAGAGAGCACUCCCUAAGAUUAUUCAUACUCCCGAGGCGAACGUGGUUCAGCCUUUCAUACCUCCUGCCGCUCGACUUAAUGUGACACCAAAGUCGACGACUUCUUCCGGGCCAGACUUAACGAGACGAGGCCGGAUGGACCGCCACCCCAUCACCCCCUCUGAUGCCAGCCCAUCGGCGGUUGACUCGAUGACCACUGUCCGAGAGGAUGGCAUGGUUACGGGAGAGUACUUUGGCAGUAGCAGCGCUGGCUCCUUUACGAACCAAAUCAAGGCUGCGAUAGAUGCACGAUUGGGAUCAACGACGGAGGCCAGGGGCUCAAGGAGCUCAUUGUUCCGUUCAUCUGUGCCGCUGAGUAGCAAAGGCCCAGUAGGCCAGGCUGACUAUGUCUUACCGGCGCGUAAACAAGCCGAUCAUCUCAUGGAUCUUUACUGGUACUAUGUCGACCCCUUGUACCCAUUCCUUGACCGGCAACGGUUCGAACAUUCUUACCGAGCUCUCUUUGCUGGUACUUCGUUGGAUGCUGACGAGAGAAUUUUCGUGAGCAUACUCAAUAUCAUCUUUGCACUGUCUACUCAGUUGAUAGAGUCCUUGUCUCCCGACCAGAGGGAUUCCUCCAGCCAAGAUUACUUCACCCGGGCCCAGGACUUGCUACAACUUAGUUUGUGGGACACCGGUUCCAUCGAACUAAUACAAUGCCUGCUUAUAAUGAGCCAGUACCUCCAGAGCACCAACAACCCGCACCAAACGUGGAUGAUUGUUGGUUCUUGCGUGAGGAUUGCCCAGGGCUUAGGUCUUCAUCUUCCUGACACUGUCAUGGAGCUCUCCAGUGAGCCCGAAAGAGAUCUUGUCAGGCGCAUAUGGCAUGGUUGCAUCCUUAUGGACAGGAUGAUCGCCAUCACGCAUGGCCGCCCCGCAAUGAUUUCAGAUCAGCUUGCCUCCAGCGUGGUUUUGCCAUCGAUACCAGACUCGAAUGCGCGAGACCAGAAUGGAGCUCAGCUGCAUCGCCUUAGGUAUCAAGGAUUCUUUGUGAAGUCCCUGGAACUGUACGAAGUCAUCAACCAAGCAGUUCUUGCCUUUUAUACAACUACUUCCGGGUUAAAAUCACCGACAUCGAUUAGUCACCUGGGCCAGCGGUCCCAAGAACGACAUGAAUUGGAUCUUGGUGUAGCCCUGCAACUCGACCAACGGCUUACUAAAUGGGAGAAAAGUCUUCCAAGUUUUCUCACUAUGACUGAGCCGGAGACUCAGUUGGACGAAGUCUUCAGAAGGCAAGCGGUUAUACUGCGCAUACGGCUCUUUCAUGCACGUAUGCUUCUUCUCAGGCCAAUGCUUGCUCGUUUUUGUUUGUCUAAUUGCUCGGAUUCGUCUCAGGCGCACGAUGACCUCUCAUCUCGUGUCAUUCAGCAAUGUGCCAUGGUCUGUGUCGAAGCAGCCCAAAAUCUGAUAUCAGUCAUUGUGCAAUUUCAACGGCACGACGGCACACUUGGUCUCCUUCCCGCAUGGUGGUAUCGCGUAUUUUACAUCUAUACAGCAGCCACCGUUCUCAUCGCAGCGAGACUUAGACCAGCCGUCUUCUCUUCGCUUGAUAUUUCCAGAUCAUGGAACCAAGCCAUGGCUCUCUUGCAUGACCACGAGAAUCUCGGUCCAUCGCCGCGAAGAUGCGCUGCGGCCCUUCAAAUCUUGUCAACGAAGAUUUUCCAAGAGCAGCCUCAGCCAACCACUCUUCCUGAUUCCGAGGCCAACCCGGCUGUUCCGAGCAUUCCCAACGAACAGGAAACCUUCGACAUGCCAUUCCCUUACCUAGCGCAAGACGCAGCAUUUGACAUGGACGCGAUUUCCUUUGAUGUAAACGACUUUUCUUGGCUAAACAGCAUGCCAGGAAGUCUAUGA